GCGCUCGCAGCUCCUCUCUCUCGCCCGCCCGCCCGCUCCCUUGCUAGCUCGCGCUUUCGUUCGCGCUUUCCUCGCGGAUCGAAGGAGCUGUCGGCACAGCCUGCGGCUGAGAAGGAAGACAGAGGCGGAGGCUCAGGGCGAACUAGGCUGCAGUGGUGGUAGUGGUGGAAAGAUGUCGGGUGAGGACGAGCAGCAGGAGCAAACUAUCGCCGAGGACCUGGUCGUGACCAAGUAUAAGAUGGGGGGCGACAUCGCCAACCGGGUACUUCGAUCUUUGGUGGAAGCAUCCUGCUCAGGUGUGUCCGUACUGAGCCUGUGUGAGAAAGGUGAUGCCAUGAUUAUGGAAGAGACAGGGAAAAUUUUCAAGAAAGAAAAAGAAAUGAAGAAAGGUAUUGCCUUUCCCACCAGCAUUUCAGUAAAUAACUGUGUAUGUCACUUCUCCCCUUUGAAGAGCGACCAGGACUAUAUUCUCAAGGAAGGUGACUUGGUAAAAAUUGACCUUGGGGUCCAUGUGGAUGGCUUCAUCGCUAAUGUGGCUCACACUUUUGUGGUUGAUGUAGCUCAGGGGACCCAUGUAACAGGGCGGAAAGCAGAUGUCAUUAAGGCAGCUCACCUUUGUGCUGAAGCUGCCCUUCGCCUGGUCAAACCUGGAAACCAGAACACACAAGUGACAGAAGCCUGGAACAAAGUUGCCCACUCAUUUAAUUGCACACCAAUAGAAGGUAUGCUGUCACAUCAGUUGAAGCAGCAUGUCAUCGAUGGAGAAAAAACCAUUAUCCAGAAUCCCACAGACCAGCAGAAGAAGGACCAUGAAAAGGCUGAAUUUGAGGUACACGAAGUAUAUGCCGUGGAUGUUCUUGUCAGCUCAGGAGAGGGCAAGGCCAAGGAUGCAGGACAGAGAACGACCAUUUACAAACGAGACCCUUCUAAACAGUACGGGCUGAAAAUGAAAACAUCACGUGCCUUCUUCAGUGAGGUCGAAAGGCGUUUUGAUGCCAUGCCAUUUACUUUAAGAGCAUUCGAAGAUGAGAAGAAGGCCCGCAUGGGUGUGGUGGAGUGUGCCAAACACGAACUGCUGCAGCCAUUUAAUGUUCUCUAUGAGAAGGAGGGUGAAUUUGUUGCCCAGUUUAAAUUUACAGUCCUGCUCAUGCCCAAUGGCCCCAUGCGGAUAACCAGUGGUCCCUUUGAACCUGACCUCUAUAAGUCUGAGCUGGAGGUCCAGGAUGCAGAGCUAAAGGCCCUCCUCCAGAGUUCUGCAAGUCGGAAAACCCAGAAAAAGAAAAAAAAGAAGGCCUCCAAGACUGCAGAAAAUGCCACCAGUGGGGAAACAUUAGAAGAGAAUGAAGCUGGGGACUGAGACCAGGAACCAGACGAGCAGACUGACUGAAGAGACAUCUCCUGGCUUUCUGAAGCUGUGGACUUGGAUUGGAUGAAUUGCUAGGGGUUUGGAGAGGAAGGUGAUGAAAUUCGGUACCUCUGGCAUGCUGUCCCAGGGAACUUGGGCUCCCGCUAACUUAUGAGGUUUUUAAACAUGUUGAAAAUGAUAUGGUAUUAAAAUAAAUUUGGAUUUGAUCAUAA